UCUAGCGUUUUCUGUUUUAGGAGAAAGUAUUUUUGUGGUCGACUGUGAUAGUAAGUUUAACGUGAAAGUAGUAACCUACGGAAAUGGAAGGUGCCGAAUGCUUCGACGCGCUGUGCCGCAUCUGCUCGUCUCCCGGAUCACACAGCAUUUUUACGCGUAUACCCUCAUUUCUGCACGACCACUAUCGGGAAUAUGCUCGCUGGAAACAACCGAUCUACCUGUUGAUUGUCGAGGUCACCGGAGUUGAGAUCACCAACAACGAUUCGCUACCGAAGAAGAUCUGUGAGUUGUGCAUCUCGUACCUGAAACAUGCGUACACCUUCCGACGCCAGGCACUCGACAAUAUUGCGGGGCUGCUGGCGGCCAAGUACCUGUCCAGUCACCAUCAUAUAACCCAGAAGAAGGACAAACAGUUGCCAAAGGUAGCGGAUAGCGAUUCUUCGCAUGAUAUCAUUCCAUUGGAGGGAACACUAGCAGCAGAUGGUGGCGCAUAUCGUAACGUGAAUCUUGCCUCGUUCACCGAUCUCAACGGUCAGUCGGCGUUGAAACAGCCCAAGAAAAAGAUGAUGCACCGAUUCGUUGCCAAGAAACCACCCAACAACAACGCGGAGGAAGAGCCCGAGUUUCUCAGCAAGCUGGCAGUAGCCGAUGGCAUCUUCGGGUACCGUGAGAAGGUGUUCGUGGAGGACGAUGUGAUGGAGCUGGAUGGGCUGGGAGAGCACGGCAUCACCUUCACGUUGCCCGAGGACUACAAGGAAAAGAAAUGUUUCGCCUGUCGAAAGCGUUUCAUGUUUUCGGAAACGUACACCGAACACCUCAACGAGUGUUUGUUGUACAAGCUGACCGAGGCGAUCCGCUCGCUCCGUGACAUGUUGACCCUGAAGGAGCAAAGUGCAAUAUCAACGUUUGACUUUAUGCGCCGAGCUGUAUUCACGAUUCGAAAGUGCUACCAACUGGUACGCUCGUACGAUGGCGAGGUAGGCGAUGGCCCAAUGCUCGAGCUCCCUGAUGGCACUGCCGGGGAGGAAUCGGCAGUUGAUGGCAUUGGGCCUUCCAUACUGGAUUCGCUCAGUGAAAGUGAUUCCUCCAAUUCACUCUCGACGGUUAAACCACUACCCAGGACGGCGUACCCGUACGAAUCAGCUUCCAUGAACAACGGCGCCCCAUCGAUGUUACCGUCCAGCAUCGACAAUACCAUGCAGCUACCGAGGGCGAACGUGUCACGGAAAGCCCUUGUGCCACCAAUGGCUGCAUUUCAUUCGAAUCUGGCAAUCAUUAAGAAUCGUCUCACGAAAACGGAGGCGGAAGAGGUGAACGAAAACAGUGGCUCAGCGCAAAUCUACAAGACGAUCAAAUGUAAAAAGUGUGACGCACGAUUUGUUACCAUCUCGCACCUCGAUGAGCACACGAAGAAGGUACAUCAGUCCAAGGUGCGAACGCUCAUCUGAUUCUGAGCCGGAAUGGUGAACCGCAGCAAGACUGAAAGCCACGCCACGGAGUGAUUCCAAUGCUCAUCCAUUUGUUUAGCGCAUUAAAAAUCACAUACCAUUAACGAUGAUCAUACCAUAAACGAUUAACAUACCAUUAAUGAUCUAGUAUGCAGAGAUUGAGCUAAUUUCUUUUCUAAUGUUGUGAUUUAUUUAAAAAUAUCUGAAUCGAAACAACAUAUUUAACGUUUGAGGUAGAGUCAUAAUCAAUUGCACGCGAUGGUCCUAGGCUCUAUCGAUGGCUGUAUUUUAUUAAAUUGUUUGUUUGCUUGAGGGUUUUACUUGUGGCACGUUAUUACAUAAAUUAUUUAAUUACCACUGCCGUGUGUACUUCGUUUAUGCACAAACUACAAUCAACAAUGCUGUACUUCAAUGAGCUGU